CAGCUCUCAGUGUGCUCGAUCCUUGUGUUGGGGAAGCGGAGUGAAGUCACUUGAUCGGCCGUCGGUGCGGCAAAACAGCCCCUUUCUCGCGUCCCUUGUCACGUGUCCAGCCUCUUUUCGGCCGGCUAGAAGUUCGCAAUCGGUGCCCGUCGUCGGCGCCGUCGGACAGCAGGCCCCGACCUGCCGGCGCCCCCGCAGCGGAGCCCCUGAGAGAAGGUCAGGAACGCCCCCUCAUUCACUCGACCACACGGUCAUUGGACUGUUUUGUCUUGAAGAUUGAGACAGAGUUCGUUGCUCCAGCGGAGAGGACACGAAGAUAAAAUAGCUCGCCGGGAUGGGCGGCCGGUGGUGGCGAAAAGACGACGAAAACACGGCAACCCCGAUGAAACCAAAAUAUAAAUAAGAAGCGGAGCCAAGGCGGCGUGCGCUGCGUGCAUUCACUGCCAACGGUGAAAAAGCGAGCGAGCGAGAGAACGAGUGUGUGUGUGUGUGUCGUCGUUUCCUUCUUCCGUCUGGGAUAUUUUUACCCCUAAAGCAGCGCCACCAGAGAGGCUCUUUCUCCGUCCGAGAGGGAACCGCAGUCAGUCGGUCCGUAUAUGAGAGCAGUGGUGCGCGCGUUUUAAAAAUAGAGACCGUCGGAUUUGUGCUCGGACCGUUUGACCCCGACCCGUGGAGGCCACACGAUGACCACCGACAAGGUAAAUACCAUGCUGCAUUACGACGACGUUGUAAUUGGUCACCCGUCAUUGCUCCCCAGCAGCACUAGCGACCCCCGCUACAAGGCCAGCGUGCUUCCCCUGGAGGACAACCCUGAACUGGCCGAAUUGCUGCUCGAGUCCACCGACUACCUCAUCAACCCCAUCGGGGACAUGACCUCGAUGAAAAGACCCGCGUCGGCUCAGAGCUCGACGGCCUCAUCAAACUCGGAAAAGAUGGCCGCCGGCCGCCACGACGACGACGACAUCGCCGCCAUCGCCAAACAAAUUUCUGACCACGCCGAGGCCAUUUACCAGACGUGGAAGUCGCGCGGCCUCGGGCCUGCCGAACUCAGGAACAUUUGCCAGCCGCCGAGUGCGGCCGCCCAGACCUUUGCCCCCGUGUUGACCCCCACGUCCCCCAAACCCUUCCCUACGGACCCUGGCCCGCCGUCGCCCUCAUUCAAAACGGCCUCCGUCGGCAUGUUGAACCCCAGUCAGCUCGAGUACCUGGUCAGCAGUUUUGUGGAGGAGGACAAGGCGCGAAUCGCCGCCAAUUACAACAAACACCAGCCGAGCGUCUCUUUGAUCAAGUCUCAAGUGCAGAAGUUCGACCAGCAGGCGGCCAGUAGCGGCCGCAACUCCCCCCUCCUCCAAAAAGUCACGCCGCCCCCGGUGAAAAAACAAUCCACCCCCGCUUAUUUACCAAACGACCAGCCCGAAAAUGGACUAACGACUUGGCCCCUGAAAAACCACCUGGGCCCGAGGUCAGCCAAAGGGCCGCUUUCGCCAAUGGAGUCCAUCCCGCCGGCCGUUGUGACUCAUUUGGGUGCUCCGGCGCACAAAAUCGAGCCCAUCCAGGUCAUUCAUUACCAAGAAGUGACGCCCGAUUCUAGUCUUUCCGGCGGCCCAUCGAAAUUCGCCACUCUGCCGGCCAAAAAGAAAAACUCGGCCACCUUUUUGGAAGAGGUGGCCCGCGAAGAGGAGCGCCUCAUAAACGCCCUCAAAACUGGCUGCGUCAUCGAAAACCUGGAACACAAAAUGCAGCUGCAAAGUCCCUCGCUGGCCAAUAUGCAAAACAAAAGCGGACGCGCCAGUCCAAAAAUACCAGACGACAAAAUCUCUGGCCUCUCUCGCAUCGACUACGCGAAAAUCCGUUUCCAGAAUGCGCAGGAAAAUCCGCUAACUCGCCAGAGAAUGGAGAACAACCGCGAACUGGACCCGAUGCUGUCUCUGAACAACCAGCACGCCGCUGUUCUGGAGGCCAAGUCACGAUUUGAGACUCAAACCAACGGCGAGCACUGGCUGCCCACUUCGAAGGUGGAUGGUCCUGCUUUGCAAGGGUCGGUGCCGCUCGGCCGGUCUAGAAUCAAGAUGGGCCGCAAGUCGAGAGGCGAUUUGGAAGGCGCGGUGCCGCACCCCGAGCUGACCAUUCAGCAAAAGCAGCACAUUCGUGAGCGAGGCUCUGCGGCCGCGGCCGCCGCUUCAGCCGCAGGCCCCACCGCCCUCGGAACGAACCCCAUCCGGCCCUUCCUGACCAGGGGUUCCGUGGCCGAGAGGGUGCUCAUUUUCGAAAAGUGUCCGCCGUCGGAAGUGCUGAACCCGUUGAUGGAGAAGCGAAAGGCGCCGCCUGUGAUAACCACCUGGAGAAGUGGCAACGAGGUGCAAAACAAGACGCAGGAAGCUCUUGCCUUCGCCGAGCAAACUUCGCAGGUCUUGCUAUGGAAUCUGCUAAGCGUGGUUGCAGAAAACGGGCCCAAAAUGACUUAUUCAUGCAGAGAUCGUGGUGAUAUUACGACCAGAGGAUCUCCAAAUUCGUCACAGCAUACCCUCAGGAGUCACCAUGCGCCGAUUCCAAGGUUCCACUUCCCACGCGGCCGGCCACCACCGCAGCAUGAACACGAAGCCGCGAGACACGCGGUCAUCGCGCUCUUCAAGACCUUCCCUGGGGAGCGAGCUACCCGAGACAACUUUGCAGACAUCGCCAAGGCGUGCGGAUUCCCGAUGUACUGGAAGAUGCCACUUUACUUGGCCUGCGGUGGCGAGGCGACCGGCGGAGUCGUGCUGCUGCAGACGUUCCUUGACCUUUGGCACAAAAUCUGCUCCGGAGGCAACGACGAGGCGUCUCGCAUGGUGUGGCUCAUGACACGAGGCCAAAGAUUGUGGCUGGCACCCGAAGACCUUGCGCCGAUGGUCCAGGACGUGGUCGACACUCACCCAGGACUCAGUUUUCUCAAGGAGGCAACAGAAUUCCACUCCAGAUACGUGCACACUGUGAUAGCUCGAAUCUUUUACUGCGCCAACAGGUCGUGGAGUGGCCGCUUGACCAUCCCUGAAAUUAAAAAAUCGCACCUUCUGCAAGCCGUCCGGCAACUGGAAGCCACGUCAGACAUCAACCAAGUGACGCAGUUCUUCAGCUACGAGCAUUUCUAUGUGAUUUACUGCAAGUUCUGGGAGCUCGACCGUGAUCACGACCUAUUCAUCGACCGCAACGAUCUGGCCAGGCAUAACGACCACGCCUUGUCGACCAGAAUGAUUGACAGAAUUUUCUCCGGAGCGGUGACCAGAGGCAGACGAACUGCCAAGAAGGGAGAUGAGCGCAUGAGCUACACAGAAUUUGUUUGGUUCCUCCUGUCUGAGGAGGACAAAACUCACUCGACUGCUGUGGAGUACUGGUUCAGGUGUAUGGACCUGGACGGCGAUGGCUAUCUCUCCAUGUACGAGCUCGAGUACUUUUACGAAGAGCAGCUUCAGAGAAUGGAAGCCAUCGGGAUGGACACCCUACCUUUUGAAGACUGCCUGUGUCAGAUGUUGGACAUGAUCCGGCCUGAAGUGUCCGGGAAGAUUUCUCUCAGGGACUUGAAGAGGUGCAAGUUGUCACCGUUGUUCUUCGACACCUUCUUCAAUUUGGAGAAGUUCCUGGACCACGAACAGAGAGAUCCGUUCAACACUCAACCAAGAGAGUCUGCCCCUGACGGCACUGAGAUGUCUGACUGGGACAGAUUUGCUGCUGAAGAGUACGAGUUGCUCGUGGCCGAAGAAAGUGGGCCCGACGCUCCAGACGAUUUAAUGAUGUACAGCGAUGAUCUGAGUGAGGAUGAUGACGACGAAGAUAUUCUGUCGCCGAAUCUCGAUCGGCUGGACGAGCUGGCCGAACAUCAGCAGCAGCUCAACCGAAGCUUACCCAAAGAUGAGGACGCAUGGGGCGAUCUGAGCAACCUGUCCGCGCUGGAUGGAGACGAAGACUCCGGAGACUACGCUGGCGACAGCGACGAUUACUCCUUUUGAAACCUGACUUAACACAAUAUAUAUCAAAGAAAAUCAAAGACUUUGUUUUUUCGAACCGAAGAUUACUGAGAAAUUGAACCGAAGUGUCUUUAAUUGAACAGGGGAGGGUUGAGAUGGUUAUUUUGUUAACCAACAAAGUGGCCCUCCUUCCAGCCUUACAAGAUUUUACAUGUGCCUUGAAUUAUGGACGAGGAGAAUCAAACACUGCUUUUGUCUUGUGUUGUAAUUUGAUGUGCCUGAAGAAAUUCGAAGUGAAAAAGAAGAAGCUCAAUAAUAUUGGUUACACGUGAUUUUUGGAUGGUUUUGUUCGGAUGUGAAAGUUUUGGUUGUAUAAAUGCAAUUUGCAAAAAUGUCUGUUUUGUCUAACCCUCUCUUAGGUUCGUGCUAAAUUAUUUGACGAUUAACAUGCAUUUAAAAAAUGAAAAAUGCAAAAAAAGAAGCACAGCAUGUUUCCCCACCUUUUUUUUUAUCAAGCCAGAAACA